AAAAAGAACGGCCCAGGAGAAGGCCCGUGUGCGCUGCGCUCUCCCCGUCCGAACACUGGGCCGGCAGGUUGUCCGCCGCAUCCCCUUGCGUUGCGUUCACGGUUCUCCUCUCUGUCUCUCGCGCACGGGAUCUCGUUCUCCGCGGCAGCUGGUGUUUCGCUCCCUUCUCGCCCUCCGACGGCUGGUGGGCUGCCGGCGCCGGCGCCGCCAAACGCCAGGUGCUGAGGCCUUCGCCAGUGUCUUCGACGGCGACGAGCACGUACCAGCACCAAGCAUCAUGUCGGAAAGAGGUCGCCUGGCAGGACGAUUGAUUGAUAACCGCAGCAGAGGGUACCAUGUAGUCCCUCUAGUUGAGGAUCCCAGAGGCCAUCCUGAAGUCCUCGUGGAUGGGGAUCGGAGGGGCUACUCUGACAUUCGUGGGGUUCAGCAGCGUCGGGGCUACCCUGACACCCAUCUGCUUGAGGAACCUAGGGGCUACCCUGGUGUUCGUGUGGUCGACCAUAGGGGCUAUCCUGGCAGUCGUGGGGUUGAUGAACGCAGGGCCUAUCCUGAGCUCCAUCAAGGCUCACGCAUGAGGGCGGCUCCUCCCCCUUACCCAGCUGCCUUCGAGGAUGAGCUUGAGUUACAGGAAGUUGAACUCCGGAGGCUUUCGGCACAUAACCGUGCUCUAGUUGAGGAGCGUGAACUGUUAAGCAGGGAAAUACAAGCUGGAAAAGAUGAGGUCCGCCACUUGAAUGUGAUCAUUGCUGACAUUAACACUGAGAAAGAAGCUUAUAUCAGUAAGCUUAUGGACAAGAGGAGGAAGCUUGAAGCUGAACUUGGAGCAAGUGAGCACUUGUGUGAUGAGGUCAGGCAUCUUCGUGGUGAAAUUGACAAGCUCGUUACCGCUCGGAAAGAACUAUCUGCAGAGGCUGCAUCUCUCGUGGAAGAGCUGAACAGGGAGCAAUCUGUUAAACAGCAGCUACCUGUGCUGAAAACAGAAAUUGAUGGUCUGCAACAGGAACUUGUUCACGUGAGGACUGCUUGCGGGUUAGAGCAGAAGGGGAAUUUGGAAUUGCUGGAACAAAGGAAGGCAAUGGAGAAGAAUAUGCUUUCUAUGGCACAAGAGAUCGAGCAGAUGCGAGGCGAAUUAGCUAAUUUUGAAGUUAGACCAAGGGGCCCAGGUGGAGCAUAUGGGAUGCAGAUUGGGAGUUCGGAAGUGACCUUCACUAAGAACCCAUAUGAAGAUGGUUAUAAUGCUUAUGUGGGGGUUCCUGAGAAAGAUCCUUUGCAUCCUCCUGAAUAUGCUUCGUGGGGGACAUAUGACAGGAGUCGCCUUCAGUACCGCUAAGACCAGAACUUAGUCAUUGGAGAAAGAAUUGCCUUCUAGGUUUUAAUGGCCAUGUCUUGUCGUUUACAGUACCGAAGCUUUAUGCCUGCUGCUUGGUUUUCCAUUAAGAGUUGUCCUUUUCAAUGCUUCUAAUCAUAACUUUUUCCAUUACAAACUGGCUAGAUUAUUAAACUAUUGGUACCAAGAUGUCCAGCAAUGUGCGGAAAGCACCUUACAUACAUGUGGUUUUGCGUGUCUGUUGACUUCACCUUCUACCAUAACGUGGAUGAGGAUGUGCAUAGCUUCCUUGUAUCCCAAA